ACCCUGACGUAAAGGUGCACGGCAUCCUGGGACGUGUAGUCUGGCCGGGGCUCGGAUGCCCCCUCGGAUGAAUGGGACCGAGGCUGACUGCGAACUACAGCUUCUUGGUGGCGGCGUCGGUGUUGGCCGCGGGAGAAGGGGAGACCGCGGCGGCCCCCAGUGAGAGCGGCUUUCCAGGACGGUGCGAUGUGCUGCGCUGCGAAGAGGCAGGAGGCCAGCUUCCUGGGGUAGCGGUAUAGGCGGGCGCUUACUCUGCGCGCUUGCUCCCCCAACCCUGCACCGGCCAUGCGCCCGGCCUUGGCGGUGGGCCUGGUGUUCGCAGGCUGCUGCAGUAACGUGAUCUUCCUAGAGCUCCUGGCCCGGAAGCAUCCAGGAUGUGGGAACAUUGUGACAUUUGCACAAUUUUUAUUUAUUGCUGUGGAAGGCUUCCUCUUUGAAGCUGAUUUGGGAAGGAAGCCACCAGCUAUCCCAAUAAGGUACUAUGCCAUAAUGGUGACCAUGUUCUUCACUGUGAGCGUGGUGAACAACUAUGCCCUGAAUCUCAACAUUGCCAUGCCCCUGCAUAUGAUAUUUAGAUCCGGUUCUCUAAUUGCCAACAUGAUUCUAGGAAUUAUCAUUUUGAAGAAAAGAUACAGUAUAUUCAAAUAUACCUCCAUUGCCCUGGUGUCUGUGGGGAUAUUUAUUUGCACUUUUAUGUCGGCAAAGCAGGUGACUUCCCAGUCCAGCUUGAGUGAGAAUGAUGGAUUCCAGGCAUUUGUGUGGUGGUUACUAGGUAUUGGGGCAUUGACUUUUGCUCUUCUGAUGUCAGCAAGGAUGGGGCUAUUCCAAGAGACUCUCUACAAACGAUUUGGGAAACACUCCAAGGAGGCUUUGUUUUAUAAUCACGCCCUUCCACUUCCUGGUUUCGUCUUCUUGGCUUCUGAUAUUUAUGACCAUGCAGUUCUAUUCAAUAAGUCUGAGUUAUAUGAAAUUCCAGUCAUCGGAGUGACCCUGCCCAUCAUGUGGUUCUACCUCCUCAUGAACAUCAUCACUCAGUACGUGUGCAUCCGGGGUGUGUUCAUCCUCACCACGGAAUGCGCCUCCCUCACCGUCACGCUCGUCGUGACCCUACGCAAAUUUGUGAGCCUCAUCUUUUCCAUCUUGUACUUCCAGAACCCCUUCACCCUGUGGCACUGGCUGGGCACCUUGUUUGUCUUCAUUGGGACCUUAAUGUACACAGAGGUAUGGAACAACCUAGGGACCACAAAAAGUGAGCCUCAGAAGGACAGCAAGAAGAACUGAGGCCUGCCUGGAGUAUGUAGACCAGUAUCGUCGUGAGGAGGGACCCUGUGAAGGUCUGAGCACCGUUUCGCUUUUGUUAAUGCCGAGCUACCCGCAGUGCUGAGCCAGCCAUGCAACAGGAAAUCUUCAGGAGGAGGGGACUUCUCACAUUGCUCAGACUGACACAUGUAGACUGAAUAGAAACCCCUUAGCCCUAAAAUAGAAAAAAGAACAGUUCUGGACUAUUGAACAGCCCAUUCAUUUAUUUCUGUUUUGUUUACCGAAAUAUUCAGUAUUAUUCUUGUUUUUUGAAUUCUGAGUCUCCUGAACAACAGGCUUACUAUCCAUGGUCUUGGAAAAGAUUGUCCCUUCUCUUGCUGUUCUAAUGCAUCUCUGCUACAGCAGUCAUUGUCAUCCUGUGGCCUUAUCCCUUUUGUCUCCCAUCACCUUUUCCUUCUUCAGCAGCACCUCACGGUCAGUCAGACACUGCAGGCACCACCAUCACCAGGAGUGGCCAAGUAAACUGAGACACUAGUUACCAGCAGGGCUGGACUUCCUCCAGCGUUUUGGGAAGGAAAGAGAUGUUCCCCUGAGCUGAUUCCCAGUGACAGUGGAGCAAGACUAGUGGGACUCCUCUUUCCCACAUUUUGCUUUUUUUUUUCUAUGCAAAAGUCAGAUGCUUCUAUCCGUUGCUUUCUGUGAUUAGGGCAGCCCUGCAGCAUAUCUCACAGCAGACACAGUGUUCAUAACAAAGAAAGGUUGUGCCGGGCACGGUGGCUCAUGCCUGUAAUCCCAGCCCUUUGGGAGGCUGAGGUGGGCGUAUCACUUGAGGUCAGGAGUUCGAGACCAAUCUGGCCAACGUGGUGAAACCCCAACUCUACUAAAAAUACAAAAAUUAGCUGGGUGUGAUGGCGCAUGCCUGUAAUCCCAGCUACUUGGGAGGCUGAGGCAGGAGAAUCACUUGAACCCGGGAGAUGAAGGUUGCAGUGAGCUGAGGUCGUGCUACUGCACUCCCACCUGGGCGACAGAGUGAGACCAAAAAAAAAAAAAAAAAAAAAAGAAAGAUUGUUAUGGACUGUAUGGACUGGGCACCCCUGAAGCCCAUUACCUAGGCCACAGUGGUGGCGGCAGGAUGGCCCUGCUCAGCACCACAAGAGCCAUGGCUGUCCCUGUUGGCCCAGCCGGGCACUCACAGGGCAGAAGGGUGGGUCUCGAGUGGGAGGAUAAGGCUGCACCACCAGGAGAUUCCCCUCUGCCCGAUGACUCUGAUAGAGUCACGACCAGUCGGGAAUGCAUAGAUGGAGAUAUAUAGUGUGUGAUGUGUAAAUCAGGUCAAACCUCAACUACAAUUGAAAGUUGUUAUUGUCCUAUAAGGUAUCUUACCAUUCUCGAUGGGUAUUGAGGAUGGUUGGAUGUGCUUUACUGUAUGUGGAAACAUGCCUCUCUUUGCUAAUCAUUUCAGAGGUCCAGUUUUCCUCUCACUGGACAAUCUUGAAUAGGAGGAACGCUGUUGCUGUAAUAUGCGUAGCUUGUGUGUGCUCUUGUGUAGUUUGUGUGUGAUCAAAGGGCACGGAAGUGGCUGCACUUUCACAUCCCUUUUCUUUACUUAGCUGGAACCUUACAUACCAGUACCUGCUCCUCUGUAAGCAGCUGAACUCACCGGCCGCUUCUCUUUUUGCCUAUAGACAAAGACUGUGUGUGUGUGUGUGUGUGUGUGUGUGUGUGGUGCACGCAUUGUGUUCUUAAACUGAGACAUGGCUCUCCAGGUCUCCUGGGCUCAUUCCAUGGUGUGGUAUGUUUAUUCCACUGUCCAGAGCUAUUCUCUGAUGGAUUUGAGCAACAGCAGUGGAGAUAAAUGUCCUAGAGUCACCAGGUCGCUUGGAGAAGUCACUUAAGCUGCCUCGGGUUUUUGUUACUUAAAAUGUGGAUAUUAUUUCUCCACCUAAAUCACUGAGUUUACAGAGUAAUAAUGUGUUGCUCUGGACAUUGACAGCUUUCUAGAGCCAGUAAUGGGCUCUUCUGAAGGAUGCUGAAUUAGAAGUGAACCUAUUCAUAGGAUCAAAAGCCACUUGCUUUGAAAUAUGUAGAGUUCCUCAGAACUGAUGGUGCUAGAAAUAUCCAAGUGUUAAAUAACCUUUUAAAAGCAACAAAAGCUACUUUUUUCUUACCACUUAAUAGAAGAACCUGUCCCUAGAGGCAACUUCAUUGCUACAUAUCUGGAGUCUCUGAACUCUUAAUAGGAUGCAGCCUCACAUACAUAAUAUCACCCAUUUCAUGUUGAUGAAAACAUUACAAGUUUUCAUCACUGGGUAUGUGUUGAUGUUCACAGACAGUACUUGGGCCCAUUAGGUUUUAGCAUCUGGUCUUAGAGCAUGUGUGUUCAUCUCAGCGUGAAUACCUCAGCCAGUCUUAUGAAUAGGAGGCUAUGUAUGGGCAGGGAAUAGAUUAGAACACUCGCACAAGAUGACCACAUAUAGAAGCAGAAAGCCCCAAAUCCCCUGGGAACUGGUUUUUCUCUAGUAGCUGAAUAUAAGGAAAUAUGUCUAAUGGACACCAGUUAAUACUUUUUAAAACUACUCUUAAAAAAGAAAUACGUUCCCCUUGGUUAACUGAUUUUUCAAUCCAGGGUGGACAUUUUUUCAACCUUUAUUAAAAGGACAGAUAAACUAUUUUGUAGAAGAUCAGACUCCUACUAACUGGAAGAGAAAUGUCUAUUAAAUGUCUCUCCUGUUUCUCUGGGUCAAGACCAUGUAAUUUUAUGCUUCAGAGAUGAAGAUAUAGUUUGUUUACAAAGAGUUUAGUCUUUAAGACAUCCAAAACUCUAUGCUAGAGCAAAAAUCAAAUAGCAAAGGACACUAGCCAGAAAAUACAGUGUAUGUGUGUGUGCACCUGUGUGCCUGCUGAACAACUUGACAAUGUAACAGAUAAGGUAACAGCAGAUGGUGGAUAUUUGAAUUGUAUUAGCUUAAUGUCUGCAUAUCUUUGGCCAAAACUCUAUUGUCAUAUUAGAAACAUGUUAUCUUUUUCAUGUUUAUUAGUAAUUUAUUUUUGAUUCUUUGUUUUCUUUUUCGUCCAACUAAAACAACUGUAAUGUACUUGAUACAUUUAUAUCAAGUUCUAAAGUAUUUAGACAAAUCCAAAUACUUUUAGUUUUAUCCUCCUUUCCAUGCUGUUAACCACAGUGAAAUGCUGCUGUAUUUUGAUUUGGUCAGUGCUACGGAGGAAGACCAUGAAAGCUGAAUUGGUCUGUGCCACCCAGAGUAAACCUCUUCUCUUCUUCUGGAAAGAUGGCUUGAUGUUUUUCAAGGAUUCUAAUAAAUAUCCCGCAGUCAUCUCCUGAGCAGCUUUCCUCUAUUUCACUUCCGAACUCCUUCCCCCACUUUCUUCACUCCAGUUUCUUCACUUGCAUUGUUUUCUGCUAAGAAAGAUCUAUCAUCUUGUAUCUGUUUAUGCCUCUCUUUUUUGGGGCCCCUGGAUGUUUUUGUGGAUUUUUACAGAGUAUUUAUAUCUGCACAGCAUGUAUUUUGUUAUACAUUCUUACAAGCAUUGAUAUUGGGGGGUACAUUUAUAAUAGUGAGAAUAUCUGGCAGAAUGUGUGAAUGCCAUAUCUGUAGAUGAGGAUGAAUGUGAAGGGUUAAUGUAGAAAUGUUUGUUUAUUCUGUUACAGCUCAAAAUGGAGGCUGAGAAUCUCUACCACCAUUCCCUUCUCUAUUUGAGAAUCUCUACCACCAUUCCCUUCUCUAUUUGGGAAACAAUGCUUUUCUUAUUUUGCUAUUUUUACCUUCCCAUUAACUGGCUUCACUCAACAGUGCCAGAUACCUAUGGAGAGGGGAAGUAAAACACCUUAGGUCAGGAAUAAUUAUAAACCAAUGAGUUAGCUCAGGGCCGGUGGACAUGUUCACUGGUGGACCAGUUGGCAUUGACCUAAAUGGACAGAGAAAUGCACAUGGAGGAGAACUACGUUGAAAUCAAGAUCCUAUGUCUGUUGUAUUUUGUUUCUCUUUGCCUGGAGUAAAUAGCAUUAUAAGUCAUUCCACCCUUAUUAGAUAACCAAAGCAUAUUGGUCUCAAUAGCUUUCUCCUGAAAAAUGUGAUUGAAUCUUACCUAUGGCAGUUCACUCUUAAGGUUGAAAGAACUGUCAAUAUAGAUAAAAUCCAUUCCUUCUUAUUAUUGAUUGGUGUGACAUUUGAAAAUGUGUCUAAACAAUAUUUGUAAGUAAAAGAACUAGUCAUAAGCCUCAAAUGUGUUCAAUGUGUACCAAGCUGGAAUGAGAGACUGGCCCCUCUUGGCUUUAAAGUAGCAUGUUGUCUUUUUCUAGCAGCUUCUUCCUAGUAGACACUCCAGGGAUGGGAGGGGCCAGGGAUCAUGUCUUACUCAUUUCUGUAUCGCCAGCCCCUGGCAUAGUGUCUGGCUUAUGUUACAUGAAUAAAUGAAUGCUUGCCAAGAUCUCUUCUUCCCUCAAGUUUCUGGAAAACCUGAGGGUUCCUGAUACCUGUUCCCACUCCUCAUCAACGGGUUGGCAAGAAAGCAAAUGAGGGGAGACAUUCUUAACAUUCCAAGCAAGAGAAGGAAGAACGACUAUUGGGAGGAGGUACACCAGAGAUUGCUCAGUGUGCAGCCUGCUACCUCACUUUUGGCUCUCUGGAUUGACUGGCGGUAGAAGGGAAGAGCAUUAUGUAGUUAGCACCUUACAUAUUUGAUGCUCAGGAAGAAAGUGCAAGGAGAUCCCUAAUAGAACAUUAAAGAUUCUUAAAAGUUUUUGAAGUAGGCUGCCUGGGGUGACCAGCCCCACCGUUACAUCUCCAUAGCUGGUACAGUUAGCUUGUAGCAGCUGAAGCUGAUGCCUGGAGAUCACUGUCUGUCAGUCUGAUCUCAGUAUCAUGCUGAGACACCUCCCCUGAGCCUUACCUACUUAAAUUGAUAACCGUCCUACCAAAAUUUGUCAAUUUUAAUCAAGUGAGGCAAGUUGCAAGGGAGCCAGAGAUACGUGAAAAAAGAAAAGCAGAAAUACUGAUACUUUCUAAGAAGUUGUAAUAAUUUCUUUGGCACAUUGACUUACUGAUAUCUUUUGAAAUGCAGAGAUGACUCUUGUGAACCAAAGAGAGCAGCAGUGGUUAUUCCCCGGCGCAAUAAAAAUGCCUUUGUGUAUCACUUGCGAUUGCCAGUCAUUUCUGUGCCAGUUGCUUUCAUUCCAGAGAAUGGCCUCAUUCUCCAAAAAAAGACGAUGAUUUUAGAAGUAGGAUUUCCUAACAAAUUAUGUGGUGGGGAGGGAUGGCGGGGAUUUUAUUUAUCCCGUCUGAGCUCUUCAUACAGUAUUACCAUUAGGUUUUAAGAACAAAGAUGGGGGAGGAGGGAGUAGAAAGCUGAGAGUACGUAGAACAGCUACAAGACAUUAGUGGGUAUUCAGAUUUUGAGCUGUGUAAAUAUCAAACAUCGGCUUCCAGCCUUAAGAGUUAUUUGAGCAGAGAGUUAAGGAGGAACGGGAGAUUUUGUGAAUAAAAUGUUUUGCCAAACUGAA